GUGUUUCUCUCCUUCCAGCAAAGAGAGAAAAUCCUUUUUCAGGAGGUUUUCACGAAGUAUUGAUAUUGAACUAUACUGCGUACCAUGACUGUCUAAAGAAGAUCAAUGACUGGUUAACACUGAACCUAGAAACACGAAGAAAAAAAAAAAGCUGAAUGCAACUUAGGCAGCACUUUAACUUGUAAUGCAUAUGUAAUUUGCAAUGCGCUAGUCAUCAGUAUAUUCUUAAAAAAAAAAAAAAAAAAAAACAUGUUCAAACAAAGGCAUCUAAUACUUUGGAAACCUGGACUCUUCAAUAAGACGGCUGCAACCACAGUCAAACUUCUGAGUCGUUUCAAUAAAAAUAAAACGAGAAUUGGCUGUCCGUGUUGCUAUAGCUACACUGAACCGUGCGUCUGUUAAGUUCCACCCUCAACACUGACCUGCACAUUUCUAUAGACAGACGGACGCUGCACUGUUUAUUUUCCACCUGUUUACUCCUAAGGGGCAAAACUGUGAGAAGAGGAUUAACCCAGUUUUUCUUUUCACAUGAGAUCAGCCAGCGACCAAUCGUUCUCCGUCCAGCACUGGAAUUCUCGGGAGAAUACAACUUUUUACCAAACUUUAAAGAGGACGUUUUUCUUUUGUGAAAGAAUACGUGGAGACUCUUGUGAGUUUUAAGCACACGAAAUAAAGGUUCUGCUGGCUAAUUAAAGAGGCGGUUGCUAAGAGAUGACAAGCAGCCUCGCAGAGAGCCUGUGAUGUGCUUUUGCUUUAACCUUCAACACUCAGGUUUUCUGAACUGAAUUCAAAUCCUCAAAAAAGAAAAAUCCAGUAAAGUAGCAUGGCAGCUUUAACAAACACCUGUGCAACCAAAACAGCACGGAACUCACAUCUGAAAGAGGAACCAUUCUCUGCCCUCUGCACUGGGGAUAUGGGCUGCAAUGGGACGGAACAUCUGGAAACGGGACAGUUAGCCAUGUUAGAAAAAACACAUGAGUUCUUCCAGAUAUGUGAUGUGGAAGAUAAAGGUUUUAUCACACGCAGGGACAUGCAGAGGCUUCAUGGUGAAUUACCUCUCAGCGCAGACGAGCUGGAGAAUGUCUUUGACAUGCUGGAUGCUGAUGGAAAUGGGUACCUUACCUUGGAGGAGUUCACCACAGGAUUCAGUGAGUUCCUGUUUGGUCGAAAGAUUUCCAUCAGUGAAGUGCCACAGGAGCCAGUGCAGUCUCAGUCAGAGACUGUGUAUCAGAAUCAGUGGGAGGAGAGGCUGGCCGGAGGCGAGGAUGAUGAGGAGCACCAUUUCUGCAUGCUAAUGGAGAGCCUCGGGGCCAGCAACCUCUUUGAAGAUCAAAGUGAAGUGAGGAGCCUGUGGGCUCAGCUGAGGAGAGAUGAACCCCACCUGCUGUCAAACUUCGAGGAGUUUCUCACCAGAGUGUCAUAUCAGCUGCAAGAGGCCAACAAGGAGAAGAAGGAAAUGGAGAGCGCACUUAAGAGGAAGGCAAUAACUCAUGAUGAUGAGAUACAGCGGCUCUAUGAAGAAAUGGAACAGCAGAUAAACAGUGAAAAGGAGAGAAUACUUCUGCAAGAUUCAGAGAAGUUCCUGUCCCGUAGCCAAGAUCUGGAGCUUCAGCUUUCAAGAAAAGAGCACGAGCUGGAUCAGCUAGUUCAGAAGCAGAGGAGGCUGGAGCAUCAGUGUAUGGAUCUGCACAGCGAGCAGCACGAGACCAAGGUGCAGAACGUGAAGCUGAAGCAGACCAACGAGGAGCUGGGGAAGGACCUGGAGAGGACCUGCCAGGAACUGGCCCUGGCCCAGCAGCAGCUCCAACGUCUCCAUGAGGAAGCAUCUCGGCUGCACGAGGAGAGAGAGAUAGAAAUAUAUAGCGUUACAGAAGGACUACAAAGAGAGAGAGCAGGUCUGCUGAAACAACUUGACCUGCUGAGGGAAAUGAACAAGCAUCUUCGAGAUGACCGGGCUGUGUGUUUUGAAAAGCCUAAGAGUUCAGUCUCAAAUUCCACCUGGAAUCAGAGAUCUGGAUUGAUUGUUGGUAAAUACACAGAGCGAAAACCGUCCCUGAAAAGCAGUGAUGAUGAAGAAGAUGUCUUAUCAAAGAGGAGAAACUCAGAAGGUAUGAAUGGACACUGCCAGACGACCAAAGAGAACGACUACGAGAGUAAAAUGAUGAAGAAGCAGCACCUCAAAAGGAUCAUCUCCAUUGAGGAAGACCACCUGCCACAGUUCCUGGAUGUGGAGUGUGGGAUCCAGCUGAAUGAAUGGGCUGAGGGGGCUGAGGAGGCUGAGGAGCAGGAGGAAGAAGAGGUGGGACAGAGAUGGCAGACUGAAACUGUGGGUUCUGCUCAUGUUGUUGCUGUUUCUACAUCUCCUGCAGCUUUAGGGACAAUGCAGCGCCCUGCUGAGCAGAGGGACCAGGUCUCCAGCAGUGGGGCACCAUCCUCUCCAAGAGGGCAGCCAGUAGGCAAAGAGACAGUGGCACACGAAGAAGGACGCAUUGCCACCCCGGAUCGCUUAUUCAAAAUAGUUCUUGUAGGGAAUUCCAGUGUGGGUAAGACAUCUUUUCUGAGACGCUUCUGUGAUGACUGUUUCUACCUCGGCACAUCCGCCACAGUAGGGAUUGACUACAGUGUGAAAACAGUGACAGUGGACAACAGCCAGGUGGCACUCCAGAUGUGGGAUACAGCAGGGCAAGAGAGGUAUCGCAGCAUAACAAAACAGUUUUUCCGGAAGGCAGACGGGGUCAUUGUAAUGUAUGACAUCACAUCCGAGCUCACCUUCACAUCAGUACGACAGUGGCUUACGAGCGUCCAGGAGGGAGCAGGAGAUGAUAUUCCCAUCAUGCUGAUAGGAAACAAAACAGACAAGGAGAGUGAGCGAGAAGUUCAGUUUAAAUCAGGGCAGCGGUUAGCUAAGGACUUGGAUUUGAUUUUCUACGAGUGUAGUGCAUUUUCAGGUCACAGUGUAAAAGAGUCCAUGCUUCAGUUGGCACGAAUUUUAAAGGAGCGAGAGGAUGAAGAAAAGGAGAAGACGAUCCUGCUGGUAGACGGUAGUUCAAAAAAGAAAUCGUGCUGCACGCGACAGUAGAGAGUCACGCUAUUUGGAACAGACUUUUCUUUCCGAAGCACCUUUAUGAACUGUGCCAAGGGUCUCUGCAUCCUUGUUCGAUGUUUCACUCCCUUCAGUCAUGUUGAGCAAUCAGUGGAAACCAUAGUACAUAUUGUGUUUCAUGGCACACAAGCACUUCUCACUUUCAAAACUGUCACUGCUCACAGAAAAAAUGUUUUGCUCUUGUUUAGGGACCUUUGUGAAGUGACUUAGCUAGAUGGUCAGCACAUGGAUUCCUUCAGGAUGCUUAUAAAGUCAGUGGGCCCUAUUUCUGGAAAAUGCAAAGGCAAAUUGUAACAAGUGUAACCAUGUAAAACUAGCAAGAAUUCAACAUGCAGUGAAAUGUGCUUAGUGUCACUCCUGUUCAUUAUAGCCUCUGCUUACUAUCACCACAUUGACAUGAAUGUAAUAGGAGUCAAUGGGGGCAAGCUGCAGAUAAUAUGAGUGUGGUUAUUAUCACAUUCCCACUUAACAUCACACACAUUUAACAAACAUACAAACUGAUUUCCUUCCCACUUUAUAUCACUUUGGGAAUAAAAACACAGGUUUACAUGUAAGUUAGAUGCAGUACAGUAUUGAAAUGUUCCUGGUGUGAAGUAUGGUAGCACAAUGUGCAUGUUUACAGCUUUCCUUUGUGUUUCAUUAUUACACUGUGUUACACAAUAUAACUGUACAGUAUGUUGAAAUGAAUUGUAUUACUGAACACUGUUGUAAUCAAUGCAAUACCUAGCGCUGUAUUUUAGUUCCACAUCCAUACAGGAAUGUUUUUCUGUUCCACAUUCAUACAGGAAUGUUUUUCAGUUCCACAUCCAUACAGGAGUGUUUUUCAGUUCCACAGCCAUACAGGAAUGUUUUUCAGUUCCACAUCCAUACAGGAAUGUUUUUCAGUUCCACAUCCAUACAGGAAUGUUUUUCAGUUCCACAUCCAUACAGGAAUGUUUUUCAG